AUGCAGGGCUACUCAUUUGCACCUCCGACGGGGCCUCCCCGAGAGGGCCAGAAAAAUUACGUGUUUGUUGAUGAGCAUAAUCGUCACAAGAGGCUAAAAGUAAUGCGAGCGUGCAAUGGCUGCCGAAAAAGGAAGAUCAAGUGCGAUGCGGCAACAACAAAUACCUGGCCGUGCUCGGCAUGCACUCGUUUGAAAUUGGUCUGUGUUCCUCCAACAAUUGGACAGGAAGGCGAAUUUGGCCCAGAAGGCCACGACGUGGACCCCGCCGAGACAGGAAGUAGCUCCGGUCAAGAAACUUCUCACCAUUCAUUCUCGGUGUCCCCUGCCUACAGAGAUGGUAAUCAAGCCUCCCUGGGGGUGCCUUCGUACGAUGGAAUGGGCAUGUAUUCCCAGUUUGUUCAUGCCCCUUCAGGUCAAUCUGGAAUGUACAAUGAUAUGCGAUCACCUCCCAUGGUUAUCCCACCUCAACCUUAUCAACAAACCCCAAUAUAUCCCGGGACUCAGACAUCUUCCAUUAGGACAACGGAUCGGGGCGUCUUCGUGGAAUCUGAGCCGUCUACCGCAGAGAACCUCAGUGAGGUUUUAGGAGAGCUGAAAAUUGAUGAGACGGGUAUCGCUCCCUAUAUCCGACGGCAGCGAACGGAUCGCAUCGAGCCUGAUGCCCCCGUUCAAGAUGACGUUGAAGAACGGCUGCCGCCACUCAGCACUGGCGCAGGUGCAACGAUUCGAAUUCCACCGGAGCUCAUGCCUGCAGAUGAGGAUGUGAUGGAAUAUUUCAAAAUCUACUUCGAUGAGAUUCAUCCCUAUGUGCCUGUCAUACCCCGAGCCCAUUUCUACUACCAAUGGCAAAAUGACCGCCACUCCAUCUCUCCCCUUCUCCUUGAGGCACUAUUUGCCUGUGCGGGUCGAUUAUCGGAGGAGCCCGCAGAGGGUGCUCAGUGGCUUGCAUUGGCAAACAGACAUGAAUCGAGCUUCAUGGACGUUCCACGUGUGAGCACAAUCCAGGCCAUGCUUCUCCUCCUUAAAGCACGGGAGUCAUUACCUAAGAAAGGAUAUUAUUACCGGUCCUGGCAAACUGUUAAAACAAUUGUUUCGAUGGCUAAAGAUCUGGAUAUCCACGAACAUUAUAGUAAUCACGCCGAAGGAAGGCCUUGUGACCUGAGUCCGAUUGAAUGUCUGAUUCAAACUCGGAUAUGGCAAGCCCUUCUGGUGGUGGAGGUGAUGAUUGGAGCGCCUCAGGGUCGCUCGGAUUAUGGCGUGGACCCCCAAACCGUGGAUAUGCGUCCGUCGUUGGACAUCAGGGGUCUGGAUGCCUAUGAGACUGAUCGCUCGCGGCAAUACGCUUACUUUGUUCGCAAUGCGCACCAUAUCCGCAUCAUCACAGAUAUUUAUCAUAAGGUAAAAAAACAAAAGGACUGGGGGGCCGAUCCUCGGUUUACCCAGAGAAACCCCCUUUUCGCCGAUUGGCUUCGCAAUCUACCACCAGAUUUGCAGGUCAAUUACCCACCUGAUGGCUCUCCCCCAUGGCUCCCUUCCCAUUUUGUUGGAAAUAUGCAUUCUCACUGUCACCUGGCGAUUAUCCUACUUCACCGACCACAGCUUCAGGCAUCCCAGUCCUUUACCGCUGGGGGCGAGUGGAAAAUUCAUUUCUCCUUGUGCUAUUCAUCCGCCAAAAGCCUCUGUCGCUUACAAGAGGCCAUUUUGGAACGGUUUGGAUUAUCCGGUUUAUUAUACAUGCAGCGGGGGAUCAACUUCGCCAUCUACUGUAUUCUCACAUGUACCAUGCUUCACCUGGUCGCAAUCACCUCCCCCGAUCCUGAAUUCAACUCCGAUGCUCGGGAAUUCUUCACUCGCCACAUGCGUAUCCUUGAACGAUGCUCUACUGCCUGGCCUAUGCCGGAAAUCCAAGCACAGAUCGAUUCUUUAAGGCUGGCCUUCUCCGCUGAUACCAACCGGUCCUUUGAGCUUAAGCCAAGUUUCCCGUAUGGUAGUCCCUCGGAGGGCUACCAACCUAGUCCGCCUAUGGAUGCGCAUUAUCAUCCGCAUCUGAGCCAAGUGUCCAGCCAUGUCCAAUCCAGAGUGGGUUUUAACACACAUCCAAUUACUCCUCCGAUUUCCGCUGGUGCUGAAGACUCGAAGUCCGACACAUCCUCCCAGUUGCAGUCCCUUGGAAUGGUCCCCCAUCAACCGCCGACCACCCACCCUCUCGACCAGCCCUUGGUUGAUGAAAAUAACUGGGAUCCAAGCCGAAUCAUCAAUCAAUGGGAUAUGGCCUUCUCCGUGAAUCCUUCUACCGUCAGCACCAACUCGCCUCCGAUGCCGAUGAGCAACCCAGCGCAACCAAUGUCAAACAUGGUAAAUCACCAGUACCCUAUCCAGUACGACUCGCCGUCCAAGGUGACCCUGCCCCCAGCGCAGUCAGUCUCCCCACCACAGUUUCAAGCACCCCCGGUUGUUUUUAGCGCUCGCGACUGGCAACAAAGUGUAGCCAGCGUAUAUGAUCCGCAGGGUUUGAAACGACGAUGGAAUUAUUCAGUUGACAUGGGCUCUGACAACAUGACCAAACGUCAACGUGGGUAG